AUCUAAUUUGAGGAAGUAAUGUUUCGUUCAAAGCGUACCUUUGAAGAGUAUCAGCACUUGCUUGAAAACGAAGGCGGAGCUCCAAACGACUUUACUGUGCAUGAUAUAGAUGAAACUUAUAGUGAAGAGGAUAAUCACUACAAUCAUGAUUAUGGAGAUGAUGAUGACUCUGAUGUCGUCUUUGAUUUGGAUCCAUCUCUUAUACCCGUACCUGAAGGGUUUAAUGACGAUGAAGAAGUGUUGACCAUAGAUGCUCAAGGAAACGUGAGUAAGCUUAGGGGACGAAUUACCGUAAAUGUGGUGAUUGGCUUGGAUGCUGGAACUAGAAUUCUAGUACCAAUGAACCAGCUUUUACAACCUCUUAAGAAAGCGGGAGGUCUGUUCAACCGAUUUGUAGCUGACAUUGCAAAGCGUCCUCGAUUUUGUCCUAUAAAUUAUAGUGAUUGGCAUGUUGUGCCUACAUUAUAUAAAAAUCGCAUAUUGGACUACAUAAAGAAAAAAUUUGUGUUGCCAUCCACCGAUUCAGCUAAAGACAAAAUUUUAAGCACUAUUGGGGAGAGGUUAAGAGGUGGCAAUGAGGGUCUUGUACGUCCGAAAGAUGUGGAUGACGCCAUGUGGGCUGGAUUUCUGACAUUGUCUUUUUCACCAGAUUUUGAGAAAAAGUCUCAACAUGGGAAGAAUGCUAGAGAAAAACUAACACAUUCUCACACUAAUGGAUCUGAAAGUUUUGCAAUUUCAUUCGAUAAGUUUGAAAGGAAGCAUAAACGGAAGCCAGGGCCAAUCGAGCGGUUCAUACAAACACAACACAGCCAUGGCUAUUAUUAAGAAAAAGACUGGAGAUUGUAACUUUUCAGAAGAAACAAGAGAGGCAGAAAAAUUUGCUCAUAAAAUAUUAAUGGGUCCUCAACCGGAAAAGGGAAAUGUGACAGGUCUAGGCCGUGGAGUUAAUGCGAAAGACCUACAUAA